AUGAUUAAUUCUCUUUCUGUUAGCAUGGGGAAUCUAAAGAGAGAGAACUCAUACACCAAACUUCAACCAACUUCUCCCAAUGAGUCGUCGUUAUCGGAAUCUAAGAAGACAUCUUCCGACCUUGAACACAACAGCUUAACUCCAUCAAGCCUGACCCUCCCAACAAUCAAAUUUGAAGUUGACGGAGAUGGGGAAGUCCAGUCACCGGAUAAUUCAUUAUGGGAAUCUCUUUUCUCCGAUCACUUCGACACUGACUUCAUGAUAUUAUCACCGGUGAGGAACCUACCAGCUUCACCGCAAGCUUCAAAUUACAAUUACAGCUAUGUUCAGUCAAUGCAUGGACAAAGCCCCAUGGGAUGCUCUCCUCCUCGCACUUCAUCACAACUACUGGGAGCUUAUAGCUCUAUGCAUCAUGGUACUAAAGAGAAGGGAAUGAGCCCACUCCAAAAGGUUUUCAACUCCCCAAACAGUCACUAUAUGCAGCUGGAGAGCCUUUCGCUGCCGGCUCUUGAUAGUUUCUUGGAUGAUUAUCAGAGAGAUGAAGAUGAUGAUGUCAUACCAUGCUCCUCAUUGACCACUUCGGAUACUGUUGGAAACUUAUCAUCAGACCAUUUUGAUGAUACACUGAUACCGGUUAAUCCAGAGUUGUUGGAGUGCUUCACCACGCAACCAAAUUCUUCACGGUUUUGUACAUCGGGAAAUGAAACAUCGGUCUCUACUAGAAGCUCACAGUUGGAACAAGAGAGUGACAUUUAUAAGAUGAGUUCAAAUAUUGCUACUGCACCGUUAUCACAGCAACUGCAACGAGAACGACAGCAGGAGAAGCAACAACAAAAACAUCGAGGAGGACGACCACCCCCACCACCACCACCACAACAGCAGCCACCAGAGAAUAUCAACCAUAGCGUCAUGGUACCUCUCUCUGUUGGACCCGAACAGGACCAAGAUAGUGGACUUCAGUUGGUGCACCUCCUUCUUGCUUGUGCUGAGGCAGUUGCCAAAGAGGACUACAUGUUAGCUCGGAGAUACCUCCACCACCUCAAUCGAGUGGUCUCACCGCUGGGCGACUCCAUGCAGCGCGUGGCCUCUUGCUUCACCGAAGCCUUAAGCGCGAGGCUUGCUGCCACGCUAACGGCCAAACCUAGCACCUCCAACUUAAAGCCCUUUACUCCUUUCGCUUCAAACUCACUAGAAAUCCUCAAGAUUUACCAAAUUGUAUACCAAGCUUGCCCAUAUAUCAAAUUCGCUCACUUCACAGCCAAUCAAGCAAUCUUUGAGGCAUUUGAAGCCGAAGAGCGUGUUCAUGUCAUUGAUCUAGACAUCCUUCAAGGAUACCAGUGGCCUGCCUUCAUGCAAGCCCUAGCCGCUCGACCGGGUGGAGCUCCAUUUCUCCGAUUAACCGGAAUUGGCGAGUCACAAGAGUGGGUGAGGGAGACAGGCCGGUGUUUAACUGAGCUAGCCCACUCUCUCCGUGUCCCAUUUGAAUUUCACCCGGUGGGAGAGGAACUGGAAGACCUAAAACCACACAUGUUCAAUAGAAGGGUUGGUGAGGCCCUAGCAGUGAAUGGCAUAAACUGUCUCUACCGUGUCACCAGCAACUGUCUGGGUAACCUAUUAGCAAUGAUCCGAGACCAAGCACCAAAUAUUGUAACCAUUGUGGAACAAGAAGCAAGCCAUAAUGGACCCUACUUCUUGGGACGGUUCCUGGAGGCAUUGCACUAUUACUCCGCCAUGUUUGACUCAAUGGACGCCACCUUUCCACCAGACUCGGCACAGAGGGCGAAGGUAGAGCAGUACAUAUUCGCGCCAGAAAUUAGAAAUAUUGUGGCAUGUGAGGGGCAAGAUAGGGUAGUGAGGCAUGAGAGGUUGGAGAAGUGGAGGAAGGUGAUGGAAAGUAAAGGGUUCGAGGGGGUGGCACUGAGUGCAAACGCGGUGACUCAGUCGAAAAUAUUGUUGAGUUUGUAUUCAUGUGAUGGUUAUAGGUUGACAGAGGACGAUGGUUGUUUGCUCUUAGGGUGGCAAGAUAGAGCUCUCCUGGCUGCUUCUGCAUGGCGAUGCUGA